AACAAUCCAUUAGACAAUAAUGUAAAAAAAUAAAACAAAUUUUUUAAGCAUAUUUCUUAUUUUACUUCAUUUUUAUUUUUGAGGUUCUCCUAUUUUCAAUACCCACACCCCAUUUCAAGGGUCUCUCUUUGAAUUCCCCAUUGACACCCACACAAACUUUCCAAAUCUCUUCUCCCCAUUUCUCUCCAAAGUCCAACCCCCCACCAUUUUCCCCCCUUUGUACAAACCCAAACUUCUAACACCAUGAAAUCUCACAUCCUCCAAAGGGUAAUAAUGAUGAUAAUCUUCAUCCUCUUCGUCGCCUCGGACCCGUCAUUGCUCGUGCACUCGGAGAAAAUCAUCCACCCCGUCCUGAGAGGGAAAAAGUAUGCCGACAACGACGGGAAGGGAGGCGACGGGGGAGGCAAUGCAAGUCUUAAGAAGAUAUGCGAAGCGACGGAAGACGCGAAGCUGUGCGUCUCCACGAUCUCCCCGCUCCUGAAACGCCGCGGCGGAGCAGCCACCGUGCAGGCGGUUCUGGAGGCGGGGAUCAACGCGAGCUACGAGCUCGCAAAGGUCGGGAGCGCCAUGGCGAAGAAGCUCGCCAUGGGGCCCACCGGGGGCUCCGGAGUAAAGGAUUGCCAGGGGAGCUUCGACGACGCGUUGUACAACAUCAACCAGACGAUCGAGGCCCUGAAGAGCCAUGACGUCGGGACCAUGAACUCAAUGCUCAGCGCUGUCGUGUCUGAUAUGAGCGACUGCGACUCCUCGCUCGCCGGAAAUGGCUCUCCGUUGACGAAGCUCGGGGACAAGCUCGCUAACGUCACUAGCAUCUGUCUUGGCAUCGUUUCCCAAAUGGAGGGAUAAUAAUAGAGACGUUCUCUCCGUCCUUAAAAGAUUCUCUUCUUUCUUUUUAGUUGUGUCAAAAAAGUUUUUUUUUUCCUUUACAUACACUUUUAAUUUUUCAUAAAUUUUGUGAAAAAACAAAUUUGAAUUUCUUUCAGGGACGAAAAGAGUAUUGCUGUAGAGCUUUAAUGCCCACCAUUUCCUUUUAGAGAUAUGCAAAGAUGCUAUGAGUUCUUUGAACUCAUUGUUAACUUGUCUGUGUAUAUCUACGUGAAGGAAAAGACCCAGUUCUUGUACGUU